AUGGCUGGACCCAAAAAAAUGACGCUGCGAGUGCAGUCGGCGGAAGGCACGGUACGUGUGGAUAUGGUGGACUCGGACGUGACGGCGCAGCUGUUCGAGCGUGUACAUGACGAGAUGAACCUGUCAAGUUUCGCUUUCGCGUUGUUCCGCGACCGUGCUCGCCGCGAAGAGGUCGUUUCCAGCAAGUCACGGCGUCUUCGUGACCUGGGCUUGCAGCAUGGUGACAUGCUCUACCUUACGCCCGUCAACGGAGCUGUGCUCUUUGAACAGCCCACAACUAGUGCAGAGACCACCAACAAGCAGUCGGCAACAACUGUGGUGCAGGCAGGUCCCUCUACAUCGACAAGCAAUGCUGCACCACGGACUGUGGCCCCUGUGCCUGAGGAUGACGUAGACCUAUUGCUUUUCCAGUCCUCUGGAAAUAUUCAGAGACAACGAGAUGAGAAAUUAUGUCGACACAACUCCAAGGGUUGCUGUGUGCACUGCUCGCCACUAGAGCCGUGGGACGAGAAUUACCUGCGAGAGCACAACAUAAAGCACAUAUCUUUUCACUCUUACUUGCGCAAGAUCACAUCUGGCAAAUUCAUCUCACUUGAAGAACUCUCGUGUAAAAUUAAACCAGGGUGUAAGGAGCACCCGCCGUGGCCGCGCGGCAUCUGCUCGGCGUGCCAGCCGAGCGCGGUGACGCUAAACCGGCAGGUGUACCGGCACGUGGACAACGUCCUCGUGGAGCACCCGGCCUUGGUGGAACGCUUCCUGGCCUAUUGGCGUGCCACGGGACACCAGCGCAUCGCGUUCCUGUACGGCCGCUAUGAGAGCCACCCCGACGUACCGCUCGGUAUCCGCGCCCGCGUGACCGCGAUCUACGAGCCCCCGCAGACAGGGUCUCGCGACUUAGUGGUAUUGCAAACAGAUCCCAAAGAACAAGUUCUCGAAGAACUGGCGAAGCGUUUGGGCCUGCGUCGCGUAGGCUGGAUCUUCACUGACUUGCUGCCCGAUGACGUCGCCAAGGGCACCGUUAAACAAAUCAGGGGCGUAGAUACGCACUUCCUAUCUGCGCAAGAGUGUAUCAUGGCGGGCCACUAUCAGAACCUUCACCCGAACGCUUGUCGGUACGCCGCCUCGGGUACCUUCGGAUCUAAAUUCGUCACCGUCUGCGUCACCGGUGACCAGCAACAGCAGGUGGUGCUGGAGGGCUACCAGGUGUCGGGGCAGUGCGCGGCGCUGGUGCGCGACGGCAUCCUGCUGCCCACGCGCGAUGCGCCUGACCUCGGCUACAUCCGCGACUCCAGUGACGCGCAGUACGUGCCCGACGUCUACUACAAGGAGCGCGAUGUGUACGGCAACGAGGUGGGCGUGUCGGCCAAGCGGUUGCCAGUGGCGUACCUCCUGGUGGACGUGCCGUGCGGCGUAGCGAGUGCGGCCAGCUCUACCUUCGCGCCCACCGCCGCCUUCCCGCCCGCCAACCGCCCCCUUCACGACCAACUGCAAACACUGCGCGCGUUGCACGACCACAUCCAAGCUGCACCCUCGUUCCUUGAAGCGAUGUCUGACCUACACGUGCUGCUGUACCUGGCGACGAACGAGGCGCUGCCGCUGAGCAUGGAGACGCUGCAGCCGCUGCUGGACGCGGUGGCCAGCUGCGACGCGAGCGCGGCGUCCGCGUGGCGCGCCACGCCGCAGUUCGCCACGCUGGAGCACCUGUGCUUCGCGGCGGCCGACCACGAGCCGCCGCCCGCCGACGCGCCCAACGCGCAGGCGCUGUGGACCUGCCCGCUCUGCACCUUCCACAACGCGGCGCGUCGCGACGCCUGCGAGAUGUGCGCAAUGCCCAGGAAUAACGCAAUGUAAAUACCACGACACAGGAGACGCAAUCUAAUGUUUAUAAGGAGAGGGAAGCACCGCGGCCGCCGCCGCCAGCGUCCGCCACGCCAGCGGCAGCGGCGGUGGCGCCUCGGCUCGGUGCAGUACGUAGAAUAAGAAGAACGCCUUCUCGACCUGCCGGUGAAAGCGACGAGGCAUUUUCUAUGGGACAUUUCCAGUUUUAAUACACCGCGGCCAAUGUAAAAUUCGCGACAAAUGUGAUGUUCGCUAGAGUGUACCUACGUUAUAUUUAUUUAUUGUAAAUCGUAUUAAAUAUACCAUACGGGCGCCGCCGCAGCCAAACGCCGGCGUCAGCGGCGCGUAGGGCAAAACCUUUUAUAUAAUGAGAACUGAAAUACAGUGUGCGAUGU